AUGUCGAGCAAGGCAUCCUCAGUGCCGGCUCGCACGCCCGCAAAGACCCCGACCUCGCAAAAGAAGCCGGCCGGGUCUGCCUCGGGCGGCAAACAGCAAAGCAUUAUGAGUUUCUUUGCUAGAUCCGCGUCGACGCCCUCCGCCGCGAACCCCAAACCAGCUCCCUCCUCACCCUUGGACUGCCUCAAAGAGUCCACCAAAUCCAACUCUCUCAAGCCCAGGGCAGCCAACAUUACACCGCUGCCGAGCAGCGAUCCCAUCGAUCCCCCGAGCUCUCAGGAGAACAUCGACUCGGCGAAUCCCAAGGUAGUUGAUCCCGGUGCUAGCUUGCCGUCGCCCGUAACUCCUGCUGAAGCCAUGGUGAAGCAGACUACGACGAGUUCUCGGCCGUUUAUGAGCAGCAGCCCAACGCGAAAAGUAUAUCGUCCCACGGCACGCAAGGUUAUGAAUUACGCCGAAUCCGAUGACGAGGACGAUGAUCCCUUCCAGCGUAUGCAGACAUCUCGUUCGCGGCGGAGGAAUAGAACUCGCCCAGCCGUUUCGGAUGAUGAGGACGAGUACGUUGAAGAGGGCGGCAACGCUGCUGCCGAAGAAGACGAUGACGAAAUGGGAGACUUUAUAGUGUCAGACGACUCCGAUGCUCCGACAAAGUCUAAGAAGCGGAAGCGAGCCGAAUCCCGGCCCCAGCCGGCACGAAAGAGAGCCUCUCCUGUUUCCAGAAGAGUAGAGGAGGACGUCGACAUUGACAUUGACAUGGACAUUGACAUGGAUGACGUGGAGGCUGGAUUACCUACUUCCACCGCGUAUUUACGUUGGGCCUUUGAUGAAAACGCUGAGGUUCAGAACUGCCCCGUCAAGGCACCUGCCGCGAGAUCUGGAAGCAAGGGCAAAGAGCGACCCCAUGAGAAGGACCCCGAGCAGCGAUAUCCUUGGCUCGCAAACAUGGUUGACCUGAACAGGAACCCUCCCGGCCACCCAGAAUAUGAUCCUUCCUCGGUCUACGUACCUCCUGCGGCCUGGAACAAGUUUUCGGCCUUUGAAAAGCAGUACUGGGAGAUUAAGCACAAGCUCUGGGACACGAUCGUCUUCUUCAAGAAGGGUAAAUUCUAUGAGCUCUACGAGAACGACGCUACCAUUGGCCACCAGCUUUUCGACCUCAAGCUCACCGACCGCGUCAACAUGCGCAUGGUUGGUGUGCCCGAGAGCUCCCUCGACAUGUGGGUGAACCAAUUCGUCGCCAAGGGUUACAAAGUUGCGAGGGUUGACCAGAUGGAGUCUGCUCUCGGCAAGGAGAUGCGAGAGCGUAAUGGAAACGCCAAAGCCAGCAAGGCGGACAAGAUCAUCAGACGAGAGCUUGCGUGCGUCUUGACUGGAGGAACGCUUGUUGACGGCAGUAUGCUUCAGGAUGACAUGGCCACCUAUUGUGCUGCUAUCAAGGAGUCUAUUAUCGACGGCAAGCCUUCGUUCGGUAUUGCUUUCGUCGAUGCCGCCACCGGUCGCUUUGCCAUUUCGGAGUUUGAAGACGAUGUUGACAUGACCAAGUUUGAGACUUUCGUCGCCCAGACGAGCCCUCGCGAGCUCAUCAUUGAAAAGUCUCACAUCUCCACCAAGGCUCUCCGCAUCCUCAAGAACAGCACCUCGCCUACUACCAUUUGGAACUAUCGGAAGUCCGGGACGGAAUUCUGGGAUGCCGACAGCACAAGGAGGGAGCUCGACAGCGGAGAGUACUUCACUAGCGGUGACGGUGCUUGGCCCGAGACUCUCCAGGAGGCCAAAGAUAAUGACCUUGCCAUGUCUGCUUUGGGUGCUUUGAUUCAGUAUCUCCGCAGCUUGAAGCUUGAGCAGAGCCUCAUUUCCCAGGGCAACUUUGAGCCGUACAACCCCAUCCAAAGGGACGGAACUCUCAUCUUGGACGGGCAGACCCUCAUCAACCUAGAGAUUUUUGCCAAUAACGUUGACGGAGGUAGCGAGGGCACCCUGUUCAGCCUUCUGAACUGCUGUGUCACACCCUUCGGUAAGCGACUCUUCCGGCAGUGGGUGUGCCACCCUCUGUGCAACAUCAAGAAGAUCAACGAGCGCCUCGACGCGGUCGACAUGCUCAACGCGGACCGCAGCCUCCGGGAUCAGUUUACUUCACAGAUGACUAAGAUGCCUGAUCUUGAACGUCUGAUCUCGCGAGUGCAUGCCGGAUCCAUCCGCGCAGAUGACUUUGUCAAGGUCCUGGAGGGUUUCGAGCAGAUCGAAUACACCAUGAGCCUUCUCGGGGCGUUCCGAGGAGGGAACGGCCUUGUGGACAGACUCAUUAGCGGAAUGCCCGACCUCUCCAAGCCUCUCGCUUACUGGAGGACUGCCUUCAAGCGAGACCUGGCAAAGACAGACAAGACGUUGGUACCGGAGAAGGGAAUAGAAGCGGAUUUUGACGAGAGCAAGGAUGCCAUUACCGAGAUCAAGAGCAGGCUCGCGGCGGUGUUGGAAGAGGAGAAGAAGGCCCUCAAGUGCCGAACACUGAAAUUUACCGAUGUUGGCAAGGAGAUUUACCAGAUUGAGGCGCCCAAAUCUCUCAAAGUACCCUCUGGCUGGCGUCAGAUGUCGGCGACGUCGAGCGUGAAACGGUACUACUUCUCGGAGCUGACGGAUCUUGUGCGGGAGUUGCAAGAGGCCGAGGAGACGCACUCGCAGAUCAUCAAGGAAACUGCCUCGAGGUUCUUCAGCCGCUUCGACGAAGAUUACGGCACUUGGUUGCUGGCCGUGCGCAUCAUGGCGCAGCUCGAUUGCCUCGUUGGGUUGGCCAAGGCGUCGUCCUUCAUCGGGCAUCCGAGCUGCCGGCCGGAGUUUGUCGAGGGCGAAAGGACCGUGGUGGACUUUGAGGAGCUUCGCCAUCCUUGCAUGCAAACGACCGUGACGGACUUCAUCCCGAAUGACGUAAAGCUGGGAGGCGAUUCCGAAAAGAUUAGUUUGUUGACUGGUGCCAACGCGGCCGGAAAGUCGACGAUUCUACGAAUGUCUUGCAUUGCUGUCAUCAUGGCCCAGAUCGGAUGCUACGUCCCAGCUGUCAGCGCCCGCCUCACGCCCAUCGAUCGCAUUAUGUCCCGCCUUGGCGCCAACGACAACAUCUUCGCCGCGCAAUCGACCUUCUUCGUCGAGCUCUCGGAAACCAAGAAGAUCCUCUCCGAAGCGACGCCGCGCUCCCUCGUCAUCCUCGACGAACUCGGCCGCGGCACGAGCUCGUACGACGGCGUGGCCGUGGCGCAGGCGGUCCUUCACCACGUGGCCAGCCACAUCGGGUGCGUGGGCUUCUUCGCGACGCACUACCACUCGCUGGCGACGGAGUUCGAGAACCACCCGGAGAUACGGGCGCGGCGCAUGCGGAUCCACGUCGACGACGCUGAGCGUCGCGUUACGUUUUUGUACAAGCUCGAGGAUGGCGUGGCGGAGGGGAGCUUCGGCAUGCACUGCGCGGCCAUGUGCGGGAUCCCUUCGCGCGUUGUGGAGAGUGCGGAGGUGGCGGCCAGGGAGUGGGAGCAUACGAGCCGGUUGAAGGAAAGUCUUGAUAAGGCGAAGAAGGGAUGUUAUGUCCCGCUGGGGAUGUUGAGUGAUGUGGCGAGUGUGUUGAGGGGCGAUGGGGAUGUUGGGAAACUUGGGCUGGAGGUGUUGUUGAAGGCGAUUCAGGGAUUGUAA